GCACCCCUUCCCCCUCCCACCUAAUAUUAGACCACCCUUCUCGCCUUAUAUAAACCCCUCACCACCAUCUCUACCCUCACUACACCAUAGUCCUCUCCGAUCUUCAUACAUUUCUCCGAGCUGUACCGCUCGGCUGGUCUGGUUGGGUUCGGUGGUCUCGGCUCGAACAACGCCUCUCGGCCCACCACUUCAACGCAAGAAGAUCGUUCGGAGGAAGCAUGGAGGGCCUUCGAUAUCACAAGCCGAGCUACUUCUUCUUCGUGUCCGUCCUCUUCCUGGCCUACGCGGCGGUGUCUAGCGCCGACAUCAGCGACGACGAGUACUGGCGUAAGAAGGCCGAGGAGGCCGAAGUGCUUGCCCACGCCGCUUACGAUCCCGACCCGGAGGGCUCCACCUUCAGCUUCAAUAGAGAGGUUCACAGAGCCCUGGAAAGGAACAGUACGAGGAGGGGACUCCGUCGGCGGUACACAGGUCCGUGCCUGGCGACGAACCCAAUUGACCAGUGCUGGAGGUGCCGGAAGAACUGGGACAGGCACCGCAAGCAGCUGGCCUUAUGCGCCAAGGGCUUCGGCUACCGCACCACCGGCGGCAAGAACGGCGCGUUCUAUGUGGUCACCGACCCCUCCGACGAUGAUCUUGUGACCCCCAGGCCCGGGACGCUCCGCUAUGGCGUGAUCCAGCCGGAGCCGCUGUGGAUCAUCUUUGCCCGGAGCAUGACGAUCCGCCUCGCAGAGGAGCUCAUGAUCAACAGCGACAAGACCAUCGACGGGCGCGGGGCGCUGGUGACGAUCCAGAACGGAGCCCAGCUGACCAUCCAGAACCAGCACAACAUCAUCAUCCACAACAUUCGGAUUAAGAAUAUCAGGGCGGCAUCCGGUGCAGUGAUCCGGGACUCCCUUGAGCACUACGGGGUGAGGGGCAGAACCGACGGCGACGGCAUCUCCGUGCUCGGGUCCACCAACAUCUGGAUCGACCAUGUGUCGAUGUCAAACUGCGAGGACGGCCUCAUUGACGUCAUCAACGCCUCCACUGCAGUAACCAUCUCCAACAGCCACUUCGCGUACCACAACGAUGUGUUGUUGUUAGGCGCCGACAAUGAAAAUGAAAAGGACGCCAUAAUGCAGGUGACGGUUGCCUUCAACCACUUUGGGGAAGGCCUAGUGCAGAGAAUGCCAAGGUGCCGAUGGGGUUUCUUUCAUGUGGUGAACAAUGACUACACACACUGGCAGAUGUACGCAAUCGGCGGAAGCCAAAAUCCCACGAUCAUCAGCCAAGGGAACCGAUUUACCGCUCCUAAUAUAAAUGGUGCCAAAGAGGUGACCAAGAGAGAGUCUAUGAACGAGGCAGAAUGGAGGAAUUGGGUAUGGCGGUCGGAGGGCGACGUGCUGAGGAACGGAGCAUUCUUCAUCGAGUCAGGAGGUCUGAACAAGAGGAGCUUCUCGAGCAGGGAUUACAUUAAGGCGAGGCCCGGGACGUGGGUCCGCAGCCUCACCCGCUUCGCCGGCUGGCUGAACUGCCGGGUCGGCAAGCCGUGCUGAUUAUUUAGCACGCAACGGGAGGAGAGAAAGAAGAACACGAGAGACUUUGGAAAGGAGAUCGCGGAGUACAUGCAUGUGUGCAUGUACUUGAAACAGAGAGAGAGAGAGAGAGGACGAGGACGAGGACGAGGAAGGAGGAGGAGAGAAAGAGUGGUGGACGUGGAAGUGAAAGAUUGGAGGAGACUAAAUAUGCAUUUGUUAUUUUAUUUGACAAAAUAUAAAAAUAUAAAUUUAUUGGGAAUUCACAUUAUUAUUAUUAUUAUAUGCUGUUCUCGAACUCUGACCGAAAAUUUUAAAGUAUUUACAUUUCCUAACCGAAUUCGCAGACGAUUACUGCAUCAU